GACAUAAAAAAUUCACCUAGGAUACAAUAUACGUCUUCUCAUAUCAAGUUGAAAGUUUUCGUUUAUAACAACUAUUUGUGAAUUUCUCUACAAAACAUGGUUCCUUGGCAGGAUGGGUUUUUUAAAAACAUGUUUUACAAAUUUAUUAUCUGCCUAGCGUUUAUGCAAAUUGCUUUAGCUACUCAAAAAAUUCCAAUUGUCUGUUCCAUUACGAACGACAAAGGCACUCAAUAUUUUGACCAUGGUUCAAUCAAUCUUCCUGAAUUAACAUUUGAUAUUGUGAAAAAAGAAUUUGAUCUGCAGGAUUUUGAAGCUUCUUCCAUUUUACGAUGUGGCUAUCGAAAUGAAGAUCCUGGCAAUUGGUCUGCAGGAACCAGUUUCUACAAAUUGGGGCAGUUGUUAGGAUCCCAUCAUGCUUAUAAGGAUUGUUUCAUAUUACACACCUCGAAGAACGUAACUCCUGAUUCGUUGAACGAUGUUGUUCAGGUGGUCCAUAGCUUCAAACCAAUAGCCAAGAAUUCAGUAGAAGGCUCCGAACCUGACAUCCUAUUAAAGUAUCCCGAAUCACCUGAACCUGUUCUAAUUUCUCCUAAACAAAAAUCCCAGGCACCUGGCUCUGCAAGUGCUAAAAAUAGCAAGCGCCCUUUGCCCAAAAAUGCACGGACAAAACGUAAGUCAUCUGAGGUGAAUGAUGACACUCAAGACACCGAAGAAAUACCAGAAGAAAAGACGUUUUUGCAACGUUUUGGUCUAUAUCUUAUUCCUAUUUUCUUCUUACUUUUAGUUGGAAGAUCCGGAGGAUCGCAAUCUUCUACUACUAGCAACAGAUAAAACUCUCCUUGCUUGAUGUUUGAACCAAAACAGAAUUUAUGAAUUCUUUUAUUCGUAAAAAUUAAAAACAGUCUAUUUUUAUGCAUAAUCUUUUGCUUUUAUGAACAGCAAUCUCUAUAUAUAAAUAAUAAUAAUAUUCUCGUUCUUCGUCGUACACAAUAAAUAAUGAUGAUUAU